AUGGCCGUUCGUCUUCUCUUGGCCGCCAUCUCUCCUGCCUUGGCCCUGGCUGACCCCUGCGCCGGCCUGUAUGGCGCCGAGGCACUCACCUGUGCGUGGGAGGCUGAUGCAAGCACCUGCAUCGAGAACGAGUGCCGUGGUUGCGGUGGCGAGCAAUGCCAACACUGCCGUCAGGACAGCGAGCGCAUUCAUCAGUGCUGUGACAAGCAUUGGCACUCAACCACGCCGCCAAAAAUGUGCGCCGAUGCUGAGGUUGAGGAGGAUAUCAAGACCUGCGUCGAAGAGCAAUGCCACUGCUUUGGUGGGGAACAAUGUGACCUUUGCCAUGAGGAUGCUGCCCGCAUCGCCCAGUGCUGUGCCAAGUACGAUGCCAGUGCGCAGCCAGAGAUAUGCAAGGUGGAGCAGCCUGACACUGACCCCUGUGCUGGCCUGUUUGGUGCCGAAGCGCUCACCUGCGUGUGGGAGGCUGAUGCAAGCACUUGCGUUGACAAGAAAUGCGCUGGGUGCUCUGGAGAGCAAUGCCAGCUUUGUCAGCAAGAAGCAGCAACAGUGCACCGGUGCUGCCAAGACCAUUGGCAUUCUACGACUCCCCCGAAGAUGUGUGCGGACGCUUUCGUGGACACAUGCAUGGACGAGCAGUGCGACGGAUGUGGGGGAGAGCAGUGCCAGCUUUGCCGCGAGGAUGACUCCCACAUCGAGGCGUGCUGCGGCAAGUACGAGGCAACAGGCGCAUCCGGCAUCUGCGCGGCCCGUGCAAAGCAAGCCAUUGUGCCGUGA